CUGCAAGCUGUAGCCCAAGAGUGGCAGGCAUGAUGCUUACACCGUCCACCAGCCGGCCACCGGCCACCCUCUAUAUCAACCAGUCUCGCAAUGCCCCACUUUGCUCCGGCCUUCUCGCCCCCAAAUAAGCCGUUGCCCUUGUUGCCGCCGGCCCGCCCCGGUCCCGGCCACACACUUUCUCUCUCCCCUCCGUCCAUGUCGGCACAGCAUCAGAUUCUCGGCUCCCACAAUGGCCAGCAGCAAGCCGGGCGCAUCGGACCCCAUACCACCGCAGGUGAUUGAGCUGGCAUCGCGCAUGUACGAUGCCGCUCGCUCCGGCAACACGCUGCUCCUGGAGCAGGCUCUCGCCGCCGGCCUCCCGCCCAAUCUGACCAACGACCGAGGCGACUCCCUGCUCAUGCUCGCUGCCUACCACGGCCACGCAGACCUGGUCCAGCUGCUCAUACAGCAUGGCGCCGACCCAAACCGGAUCAACGACAAAGGCCAGAGCCCAUUGGCCGGCGCCGUCUUCAAGAACGAGGACGCAGUCAUCGAGUGCCUGCUCGCCGGGGGUGCCGACCCUGAUCACGGCCGUCCUUCGGCCCUGCAAUGCCUGGACAUGUUCAAGCUCGAGGACAAGUGGCUCGAAAAAUUCCAACAGGCCAAGGGUAAGGGCAAGGCUGCCAGGACGCCUUCGCCCUUGUGAAGCUGCAACGGUGGUAUUUUAAAAAGGAUUAUAUAGAAAAAUAGAAACACGGUCUCGUCCAUCUGCGCCACGCAGGCCGUCAACUUGGCCAACCCCCAAGAGGUUGCUUCUGAUGGUUCAGUAUGGGAUAUAGUCAUUAAUAGCGAUUACAAUGCUGCUCAAUCUUCUGGUCACGGCCGAAUGCGCG